CGGGCUUCUCGUCUGUGAUUUAUAAAAUAUCGCCACUUUGAGAUUUUUCCCAGUGAUCUCUCUCUCUCCCCUUCAUCUCUCCUUUCGGCGCAAAUCGGAGUUUGGGAGAUUCAAACUCAUUUUUCCUAGAAAAAUGGCCGCAGCACAAGCCAAGAGUGGCUUGUUUGUCGGGUUGAAUAAAGGACACAUUGUUACCAAGCGAGAGCUGCCACCUCGCCCAUCUGACCGCAAAGGGAAAACAAGCAAGAGGACUCUCUUUAUUAGGAGCCUCAUAAGGGAAGUUGCAGGUUUUGCUCCUUAUGAGAAGAGAAUCACCGAGCUUUUGAAGGUCGGAAAGGACAAGCGUGCCCUAAAGGUCGCCAAGAGAAAGUUGGGUACUCACAAGAGAGCCAAGAGGAAGAGAGAAGAGAUGUCCAAUGUCCUCCGCAAGAUGAGGGCUGGUGGAGUCUCCGAGAAGAAGAAGUGAUUCGAGUUUGUUUUGGUAGAAAUGUUUGCUUGAGAAUUUUGAUGAAUGAAUGUUCCCUUGGAGAUUUUCUACUUGAAUCCUUUCUUGUGAGAUAUGGACCUGAAUGAACCGCAGUUCUUCAUUGUGUCUAAUGGGAUAUUUGGAAUCUAUUUUGACCAAUCUACUUUAUAAUGC